GCUCAGUCUUGGUGCAGAGAUUGGUCUCAAACCCUUCCUACUUGUAUCCCAGGUACAUAAUUCUGCCUCGACUUGUUGAGGUUACUUCACAACAUGUCAACAUUCUCAUAUGCUGCAGCGGCUCGAGGCCAGCUGUCUACCACACCUUCUGCUCCUCAGUCGGUCACCAGCCAAGCUGCUUCAACGACAAGCUUUCAGAAUGCAGAUGCCAUAACCCCCGCCACCGGCACAUCCGCGGUUUCCGACUCAUCCCCUUCGACGGACUUGAAAGAGCAGGAUUCAACAGACAACAGCGCACCGCCCGUUGCCCAAGCUGAUUCGGUAUCUAAGACCGAAUCGGAAGAUGCUGAGCAGGCAGUCCAAGAAGAUGACGCCGUCCAGAAGAGCACAGCUGCAGAGACUUCCGCAGCCGCAACACCAGAUAGAAAGAGCGCUCAUGAAGGCCCCACUGAGAGACGUGGAGCUAAGGGUCCUUCUGCUCGUGCCUCCGAUGCUUCCGACAACAGAAAGUCAAGGAAAGGAAAAAAGUCAAAGGCUAAUGACAAAGACGCGGAGCAAGAGCCUUCAGCAGAAAAGGAGAAGGAGCCUGAACCGCCAAAGGUGCAAUUGACAGACGCCCCGAUACCGUCAGUUAAUAUUUGGGCACAGCGAGCCAAGGAUGUCCAAAAGGCACCUCAGCCUGCAUCAUCUCGCACGUCUGCCGCUGCGCCUGGCAGCCAGCAAGACGCCAAGGCCAAAUCUGCCGUAAAUGAGAACGACAAUGCCAGCCGCGCCUCGGCGACGUCGGUUAAGGGCCAGAAGAAAGAUUUUGCACGCGAUGUUGGCGAGCCAGGACCCCGGAAGCAUGCUCCUCGAGGAAGCAGGGUCGUCGAAAAAACAGCUACUGAAUCCUUGCCUUCUGUUGCCGAUGCUGCAUCGUGGCCCACACCAGAGACUGCUGCCACUGAAAUCAAGACACACGAGACACCUGUCAAGCCUGCUGAGAAUGAAGACGCCCAGGAGGAGAGGGCCGGCUCUGGUCCCAAAGAUAAGCCCAAGUGGGUGGCUGUACCCUUUGUCCCCAGUGCUGUGUUUGAAACCCCGCUACCCAGUCGCAACCCCAGAGGCAGCAAGACUGGCGCACCUCGAGGCGGUCGCGAAGCUGGACCGAGAGGCCAUGCUGUAGACAGAGCCCAGGCUGCUGGUCCUGCUAGACCCGCUGGCGAACGGUCCACUGAGGCUACCAACGGCGCUCGACCUUCGCCUACAACUGCUCCUACCAAGCGUGGCUCUGUUGACAACGCCGUUAGCCGAGACGUACGCAAGGUGCCCGGAUCCAGCAAAGAAGCCACCGACGCCUCCUCAACUGCCCAGGUGAACGGUGUUGAAGAGACUGUCAAGGCAUCUCAGUCAGAGAACAAGGAGGCUUCUACAGGCCAGCAACAAGUUGUCUCUGAUAUUUCGGGCGCGGAGAAGCGGACAGAAACCCGCCCUGAUCCUUCGAGGGAGGCCUUCACUCCAGCUGCAAAGGACAACAGCCAUCAUCAUGCUUCGAAGCCGGAGAAGCGAGGUGGACGUGGAAGAGGAGGGCACCCAGGUGCGAAUGGUCAAGGUCACCGCGGGCAUGGAGCGUAUUCCUUGAACGGACAGUCCUUCCAGAGUCGUCAGAACUCCUACCCCGGGAAUGUGCCCAUGAACUAUGGCAUGCCCGCUGCAAAUGGUGCAAAUGGUCACUCGAGCCGCAAUUCGACUUCCAACGCAUAUUUCAGAGGCAAUGGCAGAAACGGACGAGGACAGAAUGCCCAAACCCCGCCGACCUGGAAUAUGGAUCCUUCAUUGCAGUCGAUGCCUCCCAUGGCACACCAGCCCUACUUCUAUGAGCAGAACAUCCUCUCUCUGCUCCAGAAACAACUUGCUUAUUACUUCUCGAUCAACAACCUUUUGAAGGAUUCGUUCCUGAGAAGAUGUAUGGACUCUCAAGGCUACGUCUUCUUGGACGUUAUACUAAGCUUCCAGCGCAUUCAGCAGCUUACCAGUGAUGUCAACAUGGUGCGCAUGGCAUGCAUGGAAUGCGUAGAGAUCGAGUUGGUAACCGGUCAAGAGGAUCACCGCGAUCGAAUGAGACGGGUUCAAGGCUGGGAGGAGUUCGUCUAUCCGAAAGGCUCGCGCAACGACGAAGUCAACUUCGAUGAUGGACCUGCCAACGUCUGGAAACAUGACCGGAACAUCUUCAUGCAGCAAUAUCCCAUGGUUUCUCCUUUCCAAAUGGAGUCUCCAGGCUUCUAUCCACCCCCUGGCGCUCCUUUUGCCGCCUAUGGUAACGACGGCUAUCCGCACUACAACAUGACCAACGGCGUGAACGGUCACUCUACACAGAAAGAUACCCAGCUAUCUGCUACUGUUCCGGAGUUCUCGCCGCAGGGUGGUUCUAGUGCCUCUGACCAAGAUCAGACAGCUGCACUUAAACACAUGGCCAAUGUCAACGGCACUGCACCCACCCUCACAAACGGCGUCAACGAUGCAGCCGCUCAGCCGUAUACCAACGGUGUAGCUGGUGAUGGUGAAGUGGCUGCUCACUAAUGCACUCAUUGAAUCUCGCGCUGGAGAUGGAUGGGCGCUCCGAAACCUGCCUGCAAAAGCUUAUGCUUGGUACAACCACUACUAGUGUGAGCACCACUCCUCGACUACCUAGCCACUGCUUAGUGUCUUAUGGCCGCUCAUCUUCAAUGGGCUUACGAGAAAACAACGCCCUGAUUCGGAUGCGGCCGGCGUUGAUCAUUGCAAAUGAUUGAUUUCUUUGACGAUA